AUUUGUCUGUCUCAUCUCUCUCGAUCGUCGUAUUAGCCCCUCCCAUCGUCAGAUAAACCGAUGGUGAAACCCUAAAAACCAGAACAUUCAAUUCUACUCAAUAAUCUUUAUAGAUCUCUCCUAGCAAUAAGGUAUCAAAUCUCAUCAGCUUCACAUCUCGCACAGUAAGUCUCAGAACUUUAUACAUUAGGCCAUGGACGCCCAGAGAGCUUUGUUAGAUGAACUCAUGGGUGCAGCCCGGAAUCUAACUGAAGAAGAGAAAAAAGGGUACAAGGAAGUCAAAUGGGAUGAUAAGGAGGUUUGUGGAUUCUAUAUGGUUCGAUUUUGUCCGCAUGAUCUCUUCGUGAACACCCGGAGUGACCUAGGACCAUGCCCCAAGAUUCAUGACCCGAAGUUGAAAGAAAGUUUUGAGCAGUCCCCAAGACAUGACACUUAUGUGCCCAGAUUUGAAGCAGAACUGGCAAAUUUUUGUGAGAAGUUGGUUAUGGACUUGGAUAGAAGAGUUAGGCGUGGGCGGGAGCGCCUUGAUCAAGAGGUCGAAGUUCCACCCCCUCCUCCUAUAUCAGCUGAAAAAUCUGAGCAGUUAGCUGUGCUCGAGGAGAAAAUUAAGAACCUGCUGGAACAAGUGGAGUCUCUUGGUGAAGCUGGCAAGGUUGAUGAAGCUGGAGCGCUCAUGAAGAAGGUGGAGAUGCUUAAUGCUGAGAAGACAGCCUUGACUCAGCAACCCCAGAAUGACAAGCUACUAAUGAUUGCACAGGAGAAAAAAAUGGCCCUGUGUGAGAUAUGUGGUUCUUUCCUAAUAGCAAAUGAUGCUGCAGAGAGAACUCAGUCUCAUGUCACUGGCAAGCAGCACAUUGGAUAUGGCAUGGUCAGGGAUUUUAUCUUGGAACAUAAAACAGCUAAGGAGAAGGCAAGGGAAGAAGCAAGACUAGCAAGGGAGAAAGAAGCAGAAGAACGGAGGAAGCAAAGGGAAAAAGAAUCUGAAAGCAAACGUAGAAGAAGUGAAUCAGCUGAGAGGGACAGGAAUCGUGAUUGGGAUCAAGAUAGGGAGCGGGAUCGGUACCGAGAACGAGACCGCGGCCGUGAAAGGUCUAGAGAGAGGAACAGUAGAGGGAGCCGGGAUGGGGGAAGAGGUUCGGAGUCGAAGUACACCAACUUCAGGAAUGGAAGAGACAGAAGCAGGGACAGGUACCGGGAACGUGAUAGGAGCAGGUCACGUUCCCCUGUAAGGCAUGGUUACAGGAGGGGAUCCAGAAGUCCAGUUCGCCCAUAUUAACGGUUGUGUAGAUAGAUGUCUGACCUUUGAAAUCAGAAGAGCGUUGUACGAACUCCCUAUCAUCAGUAUAAUUAGCGGGGAAAGAGUGGAGGUAGGUAUGCCUUCGUUGUUGUAACUCUUUGAUCAUCUAUUUCAGGCUUUGGUUGAAGUAAUUUGUUUAAGCGUCAUCUUUAAGAUACUGGACGUGGGGUUGUUUGAUCCCCUUCUUUUUUUCGGGGUCAUUGUGGUGCCUUAUUCUCUAUUGGUUAAAGGACAGAUUCAAUAUUUAUAUGCGUGGGUAAUACCGCUGCUGAAGAAGAUCAUGGUUUUUUCCCAAUUGUGAGGUAACAUAAAAAUUUCAGUUUUGUCAUGGUUGCUCAAUGGAUUGACUUCUCUAUUAUCACAGAUUUGGGCUGCUUUCCUUUUUCUUUUUGGUUAUCCAGAUGACGUGCAAAUUCUUGCUUGCAUUCGCUGCAUCAUUGCCAUGCCUAUGAGCUCAUGAAUAUGAUAUCCAUCGAGUGAUUUCAUUUCCUCUCUAUAAGACCCGCUUCCUCUAUCAGAAGUGUUGCUUGGGACUGCUUGAGAUUACCCCGGUGGACUGGGAUGGGAGCCUUUGUUCACGCCUUGAACAAAUACAAAAGCAAAUGUGUUGGUGCCUUGAGGUAAUUGAAACUUUAACUUGCAAAUAACACAUUUCUAUAUCAAGUUCUUGGGAAAUAGGUAUUCUGGUGAUUGGUGGCGAGUCUUGCUGGGAUUGAUUUGCAUGUAGUAAAAAAAUUUUCUUGUUAUUUUUUUUUUUUUUGGCCACAAAUUUUUUCUUUUUAUUGCAAGAAGUGAUUUGUGCAGAUAAUUUUUUGUUGAAAGAAGUUGUUGCUUGGUAAAACUAAUUAGGUAACAAAGAACAGUGUUGAAAUUGAGGAAGCAUUUUUGUAAGUGAACUUAGAUGGAAUAAUAUUUGUAAUGCUGUUCAAAGCCAAUUGUUCUUGGUGGUGGAAAUUUUGACAUGGAAUAUUUUGUGACUAUUUUGAUUGGUUGGGCGUGAGAUUUUUAAUUAUCUUGAAUCGUAAUUAAUCCCUUAAAUCUUAUCAAAAAAUUCACGAGACCCUUGAAGAAUCCAGCCCAUAGCAUGUAGCUAGUGACUCCGUAUUUGGCUAUGCAAAGGUCAUAAAGUAGGUGUUUAUGUUAUUCUGAGUACUUUUUGCAGAUUGAGAAGUCAAGGCAGAGUAUCUCAGUUCUCUGUCUGAUCAUUUAGCUGUUGGUGUUUUUUUGUUUCUUUUAUAAUUUCUGCUGGUUUCGCUUAGCUGAUUGACGAGCCUAAGGGUUGAGGAACGGGGUGGUUCUUGCUGAUUGGGCUGAGAGAAGCUGGGUAUUCUGGGUGAUUGUAACCUCGAGUUUACUUCUAUAUCUGUACUCCUAUAUGUUUUGUUUCUCAAAGCUAGAUUUAUUUGUCUUUGGCCAAAAUUUGGUUCUUGAUCUUCAUGAUUUAUCAAGGAUG